AUGCAAGACAUGCUUUCCAGAUGUAGCAGUCCUGUCCUCUGUGGUGAUACCAUCUAUUGGUUCACCUAUGACGACGACCUGCGCUUGUUUGCAUAUGAUAUGAAUGGUGAAGACUGGUUCCUAUCCCCUAGUCUUGAAGGCCUAU